AUUAUUGAGGUGUGGUGCAGUCUAACAUUUCUCUCCAUAGUGAAGGAUCUCUUCGAGGAGAGCUGUCUAAGUGGCCUGGCCUCGGUUUCCGACUAUUUUUGCCAUCCAGCUCAAGACAAUGACUUAAUUUGUUUAAUAGCACAGAACUGGAGAAUUGGAACUGACAGUCGAGGGUGAAAAAGUGAUACACCAGUCUUGUUAAUUUCACCAUGACACCAAGACCGCCAUUAAAACCAACUACAACACUUCAUGCCAACACCACAACAGCUGCUCCGGGGUUCCUGACUUCUUUACUGGACAGGAUUCCUUUGCCAAGAUGGGCCAUCUAUGCUAUAUUUGCCGCCAUCCUCCUGCUCAUUCUUAUCUGCAUGAUAUGCUGCUGUGUAAAAUGCUGCUGCAAAGGGAAAAAGAAGAGGAAGAAGAAGCUGGAACAGAAGAUCAGUAUGAAAGGGAUCUCGGGAUCUACAACCGCAGCACUGGUCCAACUUGAGACAGAGGAUGUGGAGUAUGGAUUCGACGAACAGAGGGGAAAACUGCAGUAUUCACUGGAGUUCAAUGCAUCCAUUUCAGAGCUGACCGUUGGAAUAAAAGAAGCUGCCGAUUUGAAAGCGAUGGAUUUAGGAGGGACAUCUGACCCUUAUGUGAAAAUCUACAUCCUUCCCAACAAGUCCAAAACAUUUGAGACGAAAGUCUUCAGGAAAACCCUUAACCCCGUGUUCAAUGAAAAUUUCAAAUAUCAGAUCCCUCAGAAGGAGCUGAUUGAGUCGAUAUUGGUGAUGCAAGUCUAUGACUUUAACAAAUUCUCCAAACAUGACAUCAUCGGUGAGAUCAGACUGAAUCUGUCCACAGUGGACUGGAAUCAUGUGAUCGAGGAGUGGAGAGAUCUGAGCAAAGCUUCCAAACACGAGCAAGAGCAUCUGGGAGAGAUCUGCUUUUCUCUUCGUUAUGUCCCGACCAGUAGUAAACUCACUGUGAUCAUACUGGAAGCCAAGAACCUGAAGAAGAUGGACCAGGGAGGCUCUUCAGAUCCUUAUGUGAAAGUUCAAUUGGUUCUGGAUAAGAAGAAGUGGAAGAAGAGGAAAACGUCAGUGAAAAAGCGAACAUUGAAUCCAUACUUUAAUGAGUCGUUCACUUUCGAAGUAUCGUUUGAACAGAUUCAGAAAGUCCAGCUGGUCAUCUCAGUGUGGGAUCAUGACAAAAUGAGCAGAAAUGAUGCGAUUGGCAAGAUCUAUCUGGGCUGUGAUGCUACAGGAAACCAGCUGCGUCACUGGGCGGAUAUGCUGUCCAACCCACGCAAACCUGUGGCUCAAUGGCACACGUUACUCUCUGCUGAACAGGUGGACACAACGCUGGCCUUGAAGCACACGUUAAAGAUCCCAUUUACAAACAAAAACUUUUGAGAAACCUUUACUAACAUAAUACAAUGUUCACAACCAAAAGUUGUUCCCAUUCCUGUAGGCUUUUUAUGCUCAGACUAGAAAAAAAAUCUUACCGUUCUUAUUCAUUUAUUUAUGACGGGUUCAUAAUGUUUAGGUGGAACAUUUCAUUUCCUUCAUUUUCAGGAUUUUGGUACCAGAAUAGCAUGGGAAGUAACUAAAAGGAGUGAUGCUACAUUUUAAUAUAGCAAGCCGCUAAUGACAAAAAGCUGUUUUGGUGGAGGUAUGUAAUAAUUACACACACAGCUGUACAGUUAUAGUAGCGAGCCAAGGUAAUGAUCACAUUCAGUCUCUUAUAUUGUCUUAUCCAACAUAUGUAGUUUGGAAGUCCAAUACAUUUUAGUCAAUGGAUGGUUCAUGUAAAACAAGUUAAAGUUCUCUAAAGUUCCUGCUAUCUGUUUUUUUUAUAUCUCAUUUUUUGUAGUUAAGUCAGUCUUAAACAUACAUUUAUUUGUCUAAAUAAAACCCUAAUUGAGAUCAAAGCCCUUCUCGUGUUUUAAAGCUUGGGAUAAAAAGUACACAUAAGAGCAUAAGCUUGAUUUUGACAUUGGUGAUUUUCAUGAUCUCAAAGCCUUUAUUUGUAGAUUUUGUUUCCAACUCAUCACAUCAUUUUCAUUAUGUAAACCAACAGAACAAUAUUACAAUUUAUCUUUCUGUACUUUACGCUGGAAUAUCUAAACAAGCAUGCGUUCAUAACUGAGAGACAAACGUUAUUCAGGGACUGAAAUGAACGUUUUAAGUCUACAUUGACUUCAAUGAAUUAAUUCAGUGAUGUUAUAGCUGUGUAUGUAGAGCACUUUUUACAAUGCGACAGUAAUUUGAAAGAGAUUGCAAUACCAGUUUUGGCCACAAUCUUGCAUACGGCUCCUUUAAUGGUGCUAGAUUCAUUUAAAAAUGAAUGUCCAUUGAUGAAUCUGAAAGAAAAUCUGACUGGGGUGUAGGCUACUGUUGAUAUACAAAAAGGUAAACCGCACUCUCUUAUUUCAAAGUUGUUUCAUUCAUUAAGUUGUUAAACUUUAUCAUUCAGCUGAACUGUGCAUGUGUGUUUUGAACACUUACCUUAUGUUCGUACUCUGUCCAUGCAAUAAAUGCACAUUAGAGAGCAGUUUUUAAACAUUUACUUUGACUUCUCAGGUAAUGUCAAUGGAAAGACCCACAACAGUGGUUACAGAUAAAUAUAUUUUUAGCGUUUGAUCAAACUUACUGCUAGAGACGAUUCAGUAGUCGCUGGAUAUUGGUAGGGUCCCUUGUGUCCCUGUUAAAUUCUACACCCUUGUUUUCAGUGCUGAGGUUUAGAAAACAGACACGAGACAGUUGUAUAUCAGGCAUGUUGAUUUCUCUUGUGAAUACAGUAAGCACAAGAUAAGGGUGUGAGUAUCAGGCUGUCAGCACACUCGUGGGCCAAUUACAGCAUUUUAAUGAGCUUUCUUCCUUUGAGCAACUUUACAGAAUGCUAAAGGCUGGAGAAUUCAUUAGUUGCUUUCGCACAGUCACGUUUUGAACACUCGGGUACAUUUUGAAAUUCAUCAUUCAGAAUUCAUUGUUUAAUCUGAUUAAGUGGAAAAUGGAACUUUUUUUUUUUUUUUUUUUUACAUUUUUCCACAUGUCCAAAACAUCUGAAUGAA